CUGUAGAGUUCAUUUGAGAAACAUCUAUCCUUCUACGAUGCCAUCCUUAUUACCAAUAUUCCUUGCACUGGCUGCCUCCUCGUGUGCCUUGUCACAGGUGGUUCUAACCCAGCCGAAGGAAGCAGUGCUGAAAAAACCUGGAGAAUCACAUCAACUGACCUGCGCCACCUCUGGGUUCGAUCUUAGCAGCUACGCGAUGAACUGGGUCCGGCAGAAGCCUGGAAAAGGAUUGGAAUGGCUUGUUUACUAUUAUUCCCCUAGCAGCAAUUAUUAUUCCUCAGCAAUUCAAGGGAGAUUCACAGCCUCAAAAUCUGGCUCCAAUUUGUACCUGCAAAUGAGCAGCCUGAAAGCAGAAGACACAGCUGUGUAUUAUUGUGCAAGAGACACACAAGCCUGUAGAGUUCAUUUGAGAAACAUCUAUACUUCUACGAUGCCAUCCUUAUUACCAAUAUUCCUUGCACUGGCUGCCUCCUCAUGUGCCUUGUCACAGGUGGUUCUAACCCAGCCAAAGGAAGCAGUGCUGAAAAAACCUGGAGAAUCCCAUCAACUGACCUGCGCCACCUCUGGGUUCAUUCUUAGCAUCUACUGGAUGAACUGGGUCCGGCAGAAGUCCGGAAAAGGAUUGGAAUGGCUUGUUACCUACAAAACCCCUAGCAGCAAUUAUUAUUCCUCAGCUAUUCAAGGGAGAUUCACAGCCUCAAAAUCUGGCUCCAAUUUGUACUUGCAAAUGAACAGCCUGAAUGCAGACGACACGGCUGUGUAUUAUUGUGCAACAGACUCACAGUGCAAGGGAUUCUAG